UGCGCAUAGUUGUGGUACCGGUUGCCCUCUCUAUAGAGCUCGAUCUAACGUGUGUCGCAUCGGUUACGGAAUGUACAAAAAUUUGUAUGCGCGAAAUAGCAGAUGAACUAAAGAAAAGCAAAUAGGAAAAGUUUGAAAGCGAAUCCACCAAAAAAAUAAAUUACAAAAAAUCGUUUCGAGUGUUAGCCAACGAAAGUGUUAAUUGAAAAUCAGUAAAGGGUGCCACAAAAUAAUUAUAAUUGUAAUAUAAUAGCAAUAAUAGUAUUUAUUGAAAAAAAAGUGCGGCCCACAAAAAAUGGCAACAGUCUGCCUGCAACUAGCGCCGUGUCAAACAGCCGCUUAUGUCACAACCGAUCAAGUAGAAGAAGAAGAAGAACAACAACAACAAGUAGAGGAUAACCUUAACACCACCACAACACCAACAACAACAACAGUAGCAGCAGCAGCAGCAGCAACAACAUCCAGUGAGCCAACCAAAGUGAGCUUCUUCUUUGGAAACUGCAGCAAUUACCAGAGUCGCGUGCAACAGCUGAUCAGCUUCAGCUUCACCUCCUCGUUCCACCUGCUCUUCAUCACCUGCAUCCUGAGCAUCAGCAAGUUCUGCAAUGCCGCCGCCUUCAACGCCGCGAACAGCAAUCCCGGUUCGAUAAUGCAAACCUUCAAUGGCUCCACAUUGCUGGAGAAACUGAAAGCCACCACCUUGGGGCCACCACUUGGCAAGCUGAAGAACUUGGGGCCGGCAGCGGCCAACAGCAUUCAGGCCAUUGGUAGUAGCAGCGCCAGUGGCAGCGGUAUUGGCAGCAUUGGCAAUUCGUUCUUGAACAUGGAUUUCAAGUUUUUGAAUGUCUCGGGCAAAAUUGGCUCACCACUGGAUAUAUCCCAAAGUUUGCCAGCUCAGUGCGACGAGAAGCAAUUUAAGUGCUCCAGUGGCGAAUGUAUACCCACGCGCUUUGUCUGCGACGGAGAUCCGGAUUGCCGGGACAGUAGUGACGAGCUGCGCUCAGAGUGUAAAUUAAGUGAGUCGACUUGCGGGGUCGAGCAAUUUCGCUGCAACAAUGGAAACUGCAUACCCAAUAAAUGGCGUUGCGAUCACGAGAACGAUUGCGCCGAUGGUUCCGAUGAAACGCCGGCCCUCUGCAGAAGUCAAACCUGCUCGCCGGAUUCUUUCGUCUGCAAGUCCGGCGAGGUUAAGUGUGUACCUUUAGCGUGGAUGUGCGAUCAGAGCAAAGACUGCUCCGAUGGCUCCGAUGAGGCCGCCUGCAACGACACCUGCCGUUCAGAUGAGUUCACCUGCGGCAAUGGCCGUUGCAUACAGAAGCGUUGGGUGUGCGAUCACGACCACGACUGCGGCGAUGGCAGCGACGAGGAGGGCUGCCCCACCCGGGAGUGCCCCCCACUUAGUUCCUUCACAUGCGCCACUGGCGCUUGCAUCCCCAAGCGUUGGGUCUGCGACGGCGAUCCGGAUUGUUCCGAUGGCAGCGAUGAGCGCAGUUGCGAGGAGUUGCCAAAAACAACGCCACCCUGCCUGCCGCACGAGUUCCAGUGCAAGGAUCGCAUCACAUGUCUGCAUUGGACCUGGCUUUGCGAUGGCGAGGCCGACUGCCCCGAUGCCGACGAUGAGCUGCCCAUGCAUUGCAAGAAUAUAACGUGUCGUCCCGAUCAGUUCCAGUGCGGCGACAGCAGCUGCAUUGCCGGACAUUUGACCUGCAAUGGCGAAGAGGAUUGUGCGGAUGGCAGCGAUGAGAGGCGUUGCAUGUUUGCCGCCGAGGUGGCCACGUGUAAUGCCACCACCCAGUUCGACUGCGGCGGUGGUCAGUGCAUUCCGCUCUCGAAGGUGUGCGACAAACGCAAGGACUGCCCCGAUGGCGAGGACGAGCCGGCGGGCAAGUGUGGCAUCAAUGAGUGCUCCACCAAAAAUGGCGGCUGCAUGCAUCGUUGUGUGGAUCAGCCAGUCGGUUAUCGCUGUGAAUGCAAAAACGGUUAUCGAUUGGCCGCCGAUAGUCACACUUGUGUGGAUGUGAACGAAUGCGAACAGCCCGGAGUGUGCUCUCAACUCUGUGUGAACGAGGUGGGCGGAUUCAAGUGCGAAUGCGAAGCAGGCUAUAUGCGAGAUCCGCGCAACCACACUCGCUGCAAAGCCACCGAAGGACACGCCUCCCUGCUCCUCGCCAGACGUCAUGAUAUACGCAAGAUAGCGCUGGACCACAUGGAGAUGACGUCUAUAGUGAAUAGCACGAAGUCGGCGACGGCAUUGGACUUCGUUUUCCGCACCGGCAUGAUCUUCUGGAGCGAUGUCACCACACAGAGCAUAUAUAAGGCGCCCAUCGACGAGGGCAACGAGAAGACUGUGGUGCUGAAGAAAUCUUCAGUUACCUCCGAUGGUCUGGCAGUGGAUUGGAUCUACAACCACGUCUACUUUACGGACACACACAAAUGCACCAUCGAGCUGACCAACUUCGAUGGCAACAUGGGAAAGGUGCUCAUUGAGGACGAACUGGACAUACCUCGCUCCAUUGCUCUGGACCCCAUUGAGGGCUGGAUGUAUUGGUCCGAUUGGGGCGCCUCGCCACGCAUCGAGCGCGCCGGCAUGGAUGGCUCGCAUCGAACCACCAUCAUCAACUACGAUGUGAAGUGGCCCAAUGGCAUUACCUUGGAUUUGGUGCGAAAGCGCAUCUAUUGGGUGGAUGGGAAACUGAAUAUUAUAUCAUCGGCCAACUAUGAUGGCUCACAGCGUCGUCAGAUUCUGUAUUCGACGGAAUAUCUGCGACAUCCCUUCUCCAUUACCACCUUCGAGGAUUAUAUCUAUUGGAGCGACUGGGACAAGCAGACUGUGUUCAAGGCAAACAAAUUUACGGGCGAAGGUGUGGAAUCAAUUACUGCCAUGCACAUGCUACAACACCCUAUGGUUAUACACGUAUAUCAUCCCUAUCGCCAGCCCGACGGCAUCAAUCACUGCCAAUCGGUGAAUGGACAUUGUUCGCAUUUGUGUCUGCCGGCCCCGCGCAUCAACGAGCGAAGUCCGCGCAUCUCCUGCGCCUGCCCCACCGGCCUCAAACUCAUGGCCGACGGCCUCAUGUGUGUCGAGGAUCUCACCACACGUCCCAUUUUGCGGUCUCCACGCGUCAAUUCCACGAACGCCUCCCCGAGACUACCUCAAGAUGCGUCCACUGAAGCGCACAUCGUCGGAAGCAAUGCUGACGUGUUUAAUGGCAACAAUGGCAGCAACGGAUCUGAUAGCGGCAGCAACGAAGCCGCAACAACGUCUGACGUCUCCACCCCCGCCACCCUGUUGGGUGUUAGUGAGCUUAAGCGACAACCCUACGACACUUAUCCGGGCGAAUUUCUGCAUGCAAUUUGCACGCAACUCUGUCAGCAAAGCAACGACGAUGAUGAACGGCUGACAGCAACAUAUCAGUCAACAAAUCGCCACGAAAUUAAAUUGUACACAAGCGACAGCGACAACCAACACUAUACCAACAACAACAACAGCAACAACAGCAACAACAGCAACGACGACAACUACAGUAGCAACACAUCAAAUAGUUUAACCAGAAAUUCAUCAUCAGCAUCAGCAGCCCCAUCGCCAUCGCCAUCGCCAUCACCAUCACCAUCAUCAUACACAUUGCCCGGCUCUAUUCAGGAGCAGCUCCUGCUGCUGACAUCGGCAGAGCUAUCGCCCAAGUUGGCCGCUAAUUUGGCGCUGUCAGCAGCUCCUGCAUCUGCAUAUCGCCAGGCAGUGGGCCUAAAACCAAAAUAUUUACAUUGGUUGUGUCGCAAAAUGAAAUACGACCACCAUGGGUGCCAUGUAACAGUUGACAAACAGCCCACCGGAAAUGCAACACAUCCCGAUAAUGGCGGCACCGUUGCAGCACAGACGCCGGAAGCCGACUCGGGCAAGAUAGCCAUCAUUGUUAUAGCCGUGCUGAUGAGCAUAUCGGGAACAGCGCUGAUAAUUUUCCUCACCCAUCGCCAUUGCACAAAACCGGGCAACUCAAUGAAUUUCGAGAAUCCUGUCUAUCGCAAGACAACCGAGGAUGACUUCAGCUUGGAGAAGAACGCCCGCUCCCACAUGUAUGCCGCAGCAAUGGAGGAAGAGGCCAAAGCGCCGCUCCGUAAUUUAGGCACGGCCUGUGUCUAAGCAAAUAGUAGAAGGAAAAGCAAAAGAUACAUAAGAGAAAAACCAAAUAAUCAGCAUAUAUUAUAUAUAAUUAUAUAUAAUAUAACAUAUCACAUAUGGCCGGGUAUUUCAACAACAAACAACUCCUAUUAUCAAGUCCUUUAAGUUCAAGGCAUCUCACUCAAGAAACACCUUUGUAUAGCAGAAUAGAAAGCAUGCCAAAAAAAGAAAAGACAACAACAAAAUAACAAGAAAAGCAACAAGUUCAUUAUAAUAACAAUAACAACAGUGUUGAAAACAAAAUACUCAACAAAUUCAAUUUGUUGUCUAGUUUAAAAUUUAAUUUAAAUUUAACACACACACACAUACACAAACAUAAACACAUGUCUAUAUAAACUUUAACUUUUCUAGGCGCAACGUUUUGAGAUCAACUAACGGCGCCCCUACACGCACACACACACACACAGUCUCACGUCCAUUCUGACAACAAGAACAACUACCACUACUAGCCUCUCUCACACACACACACACCAACACACACACACACACAUGUAUAUGCGAGGAACGUGGAGCCAGCAGUCAGUCAGCCUUUCAUUUUAAGUCUUAAGUAAAACUCAAAUCAAACAUGAAAAAGUUCCAUAAAAGCGAGAAAUUGUUAAAAUUUUGUUAAAGUUCAAAUGUGAAGUCGAAAAUGGAAAAUUAAUGAUUAACGCAAAACGCGUAGAAGUACAAUUUUGUACAUUUUAAUUUAUACAAAUUAUACGCUAGUUAUUUCUAUGGAAAAUAAAGAGUAAAUGAAACUACAUA